AGCAGCAACUCCCGCAGCCUCCGAGGCGGGAAGGUCAUCGCCGCGCGCCGCAGCCCUCGCCCACUGCUCGCGGGCUCCCAGUCAUGGCAGCACAGGUUCCGAAGCUCGCCCUCAACAACGGGAAGAACAUUCCCAUCCUGGGCCUCGGCACUUGGAAGUCGAAGCCCGGCGAAGUCACCGAAGCUGUGAAAGAGGCCAUUGCGUGUGGGUAUCGCCACAUCGACUGCGCCCUUGCCUACAGCAACGAGGCCGAGGUCGGGGCGGCGAUCAAAGCCAAGAUCGAGGACGGGACAGUCAAGCGCGAAGACCUGUUCAUCACGAGCAAGUUAUGGAACACCUUCCACAGUCGCGCCCUCGUCACCGCCUCCCUGAAGCAGUCGCUCGGGAACCUGGGCCUCGACUACCUGGAUCUGUACCUCAUCCACUGGCCGAUGGGCUACCAGGAGAACGCGGCCCUCUUCCCUAAGGACGAGAAUGGCAAGUUCAUCUACGCCGACGUCGACUACCUGGACACCUGGAGCGGCAUGGAGGACGCGGUCGACCAGGGCCUUUCCAAGAGCAUCGGGAUUUCCAACUUCAAUUCCGAGCAAAUUCAGCGCAUCCUGAGCAACUGCCGCAUCAAGCCCGCGAACCAUCAGAUCGAGUGCCACCCUUACCUAAACCAGAGGAAACUCAUUGACUUCUGCCACAAGAACGGCAUCACGGUAACCGCCUACAGCCCUCUGGGAUCGCCAGACAGGUAA